CACAUGCUUUUUUUUUUUUUUUUAAAGAAAGCUAGUAAGAACCCUUUAUCUUUUGUGUAUCCUGAGUUUCAUAAAUCGGGAUUUUCAAAAAACAGGAGCAACUUGUAAACCAUCUAGAUCUUUCUCAUCACUGGACUCAAGGCCAUCCUAUGGCUUCAGUGAAGGGCUUCCUAGAGCACUUGAUAUGUGGAACUCAUUAAACACCUGCCAUUCAGUCACAUAUAAAAGAGACUCAAGGAUAGAAGCAAAGUCUAACACCAACUAGUAAUAAUUAUUGACUGUCUCACUUCCUGUGGGUCAGGCACUGUGCCAAGCACUUUGCCUACAUAACUCAUUGGAAUCCUGAUGGUGCCAUGAGUCAGUUGUUAGUAACACUUACAGAUGAGGCACUCAGGAUCAAAGUGAUUAAGGUGUUUGCCCAAAGGUCCCACAUCUAGUAAGACAACAUGCCCAAAUUUGGGACCAAGCCUCUCUAACCAUUACACCCCAGUGUUGCCUCCGGAAGGGCAUGCAGAUGCUCUGGGAGUCACAGGUGUGGCUCAAACCAGCCUCCUCCUGGAACUCACCUGAGGCCCUCAGCCCCAGACCUUGUUUCUCUGCCUUGUCCACCUCUAUCAGCGUGCCCCCCCUCUCCACUGGACCUGAGCCCCCAUGUCUUUUUCUCUGGAGUGGUGCGUGCGCAGUUUCUGGUGUUUCCUCUCUGCGCAACUCACGCUUCCCCAUACAUACCAAAGGCUGAGCUGAAUCCGGUUUGCAAUGUAUUUUUUGGCACCUACAAGGUGCCUGGCCUGAUGGGAACAAAAAUGCUUUCCACACAGCUGUAGCUGACACUCAGGCUGGAUCUGCACACCAGUUUUCCCCUAUCUAAGUGGAUUUCCCUGUAAACCCGAAGGAUAGGGUCACGGCCCCUGUGAAGGGACCAACGUUCACGCCGAGCUGGGCAGACUCGGAUCCUCCUAGGAAACCGGCCCGGAGGGAAGAGGUUGAGGAAGAGGAUGGGCGACCCCCACCACCAUCCGAGGCUGCGGGAAGGAAAGCCUCCUCUCCCGCGGAGCUCGAAGCCGGGCACCCUGGGGGCCAUGCAGAGGGCUGGGGCAGGGGGCCGGAGGGCCUCGGACUGCGGCCCUGCCCCUCACCGGCCCAGGUGCAUCACCAAGUUCACCCAGCAGUAUGUGGGCUCCUUCCCGGUGGACGACCUGGACACCCAGGAGAGUGUGUGGCUCGUGCAACAACAGCUGUGGGCACUGAAGGAUUGUCCCCGACGCCGGGCCGUCAUCCUGAAAUUCAGCCUUCAGGGCCUCAAGAUCUACAGCGGGGAAGGCGAGGUGCUCCUGAUGGCUCAUGCUCUGAGGCGCAUCCUCUACUCUACCUGGUGCCCAGCUGACUGCCAGUUUGCCUUCAUGGCCCGAAACCCCCAGAGCCCGGCCAGCAAGCUCUUCUGCCACCUCUUUGUGGGCAGCCAGCCUGGAGAGGUCCAGACCCUGCACCUGCUGCUCUGCCGAUCCUUCCAGCUCGCUUACCUCUUGCAGCACCCUGAGCAGCGGGCACAGCCUGAGCCCUGCCUGGGGUCUGCAGGGGACAUGCCCGUGAAGCCACUGUCCAGCCCUGGGGGCCCCCCUGGCCUAGUACGAGAACCCUUCAGCCGUGAUCAGCUCUCACAGAAUGUGCACGCACUGGUCUCCUUCCGGCGGCUGCCAGCAGAGGGGCCUGCGGGCGGUGGGAAGGAGCUGCCAGAGUCAGAAGGCCGACGGGGCACCCGCCAUGCCUGCCUGGGGAAUCCUUACUGCUCGCCCACGCUGGUGCGCAAGAAGGCCAUUCGCAGCAAGGUGAUCCGCUCUGGGGCUUACCGAGGCUGCACCUACGAGACUCAGCUGCAGCUGUCCGCUCGGGAGGCCUUUCCUGCCGCGUGGGAGGCGUGGCCCCGGGGGCCUGGUGGCCCCUCGUGCCUGGUGGAGAGCGAGGGCAGCCUGACGGAGAACAUCUGGGCCUUUGCUGGCAUCUCCAGGCCCAGCGCCCUCGCCCUGCUGCGGAGAGACGUGCUUGGGGCCUUCCUGCUGUGGCCCGAGCCCGGCGCCAGUGGCCAGUGGUGCCUGUCGGUGCGGACACAGUGCGGUGUGGUACCCCACCAGGUCUUCCGGAACCACCUGGGCCGCUACUGCGUGGAGCACCUGCCUGCCGAGUUUGCCAGCCUGGAGGCCCUGGUGGAGCAUCACGCUGGGACCGAGCGCAGCCUCUUCUGCUCCCUGGACAUGGGCCAUCUGAACCCCAGCUACGAAGAUCAGGACUGCGGGUCCGAGGGCAGACCCCCCCGGACACUGCGGCCUCUUGGCCAUGCCAAGUCAGAGGCAGAGCUGCAGGGCCUGGGCUAGGAGGCUCACCCCCUGGACCUACCUCACCCUGGGUCCUGGGCCUCAACAGGCCGCCCUGCCCUUCUGCCACCCUGCUGGUCACCAGUUCCAUCCAGUCACUCUGACCCUUGGACCAGUCUUCCAUCACUUCACUGACUGUGGUAGGGGGGAGCCCUGACAUUGGGGAUCACUGGGGGCUUCUCACGAGACAUGGGGCCUGCCAAGAUUGGAGGAGGGGCAGGCGGAGCUCCAGGCUUCCAUUCACUUGCUGGGUGACUUUGGAAGCUUGUCUCUGGGCUUCACUUUACUCCUAGGCAGGGAGCUUUCUGAGGGGGGCAGGAAGGUUUGUUCAUGAGGGAUGUGGCCCUCUCCUAAGGAGGCCAGGCCUUGGGGUCCUGACCAGGAGUCUCCCAAGAGUACCCAGAGGUAGCCAGGCACAUGAGGGGGAGGUGUCUGGAAAGGCAGGAGUGAGUUCUCACCGUGGGCGAGGACCUGGGGGCGAGCCACUCUGUCCAGGAGAGAAACAGAGAGAACUUGGAGGAGCUGACGGGCACAAUGGCUGGGCUGAGCUGCACCCAGGCUGACAGAGCACAGCCUGUGUCUCAAAGCAUCGGACGUUAAGGGAGUCUUCCAUUGAAUUCUAUGAAUUCUGUUCAUAGGAAUGAGGCUUAGGAGGGCACAGAAGGGCAGGAUGGACAAAGAGCCAUGCCCCCCACCAAGCCCGCACCCAGGUGGACAUCUGUGAAUAGAAAGGACGUGAGCCCACGGGGCAAAGAAUCUCUGUGCUGCUUAGAAAGGCUGGUUUGUCUGCAGUCAAAUCCACAGGGUUGUGAUUCCUGCCCCCACGCCCCCAAGGACCACCAAGGCGCGCGCACACACACACACAUACACACACAACGCAGGUUCAUUUCCUUUGUCCAUUUGACUAGGAGGGGCCAGCAGUGAGCCACAGGUGAACAGGGGUGGCCAGGGUCCUAUUCAAUUCAUCCUGCAGGCCCGUCUGGGUUUAGGGGCUGCCUGGGAAGCCACCUGAUUCUGGUCCACUUCCCAUAACGUGGCGCUGGCCAUGGUUGUCAGGGGCUGCUUCACCAGGCCUGCCCCACUGGGGAUGGGGUCAGAGCAGAACCAUCCAAAGGUGGAUCCGAUGUGGGCCCUGCCAGAGGGGCCUUGGCCUCAGUGGGCAGGGGGGGUACAGGGAAAUGACUCUGGCCUAAGGCACUGGCCCUGCAGGGUCUGACAGGUCCAGGUACCCCGCCCCUUUAUAAUAAGUAAGCUCAAAAGAUGGACAUGAAUACCGAAUUAUUUAGGGCACAAGUUCACUUUGGAGGAACUUCUAUUCCUGAGGCAGAGGCGAGUCACGAAUGUGGGGGCUGCCCUCUCCCGCAUCUGGGAGUGGGAUGUGACUGUUCUGUGCCUUGAGCAUGACGGAUUUCUGACUCCUGGGAGGGAGAGGGCAGCCCUGAUGGAAGAGAAAGAAGGGAGGCUCCUCAGGAGGUCAGGCCUGGGCUUCCCAGCUUACAACCGCCUGCCCAGGAAGUGGUCUGGGCUGGGGACCAUGUCACUCUCAUCACGGGAUAGCAGGGGUGGGAGGCGGCUGUCCUUUGGGGGUUCUCACCAGAACCACAGUGCUGAGUUUACACUGAAUUGGAGGGGGGACUGGGACUCAAUUUACAGCCAUUUCCACCAGGACGCAUGGUCCCUCGUAGGAGGCCUGGUCUCGCAUUUCCCUCGCAAGGAGAGGGGUUUGCCGAUCCCGUGUCCAGAAUUACAUUCACUUGCUGGGUGACUUUGGAAGCUUUAAGACCUGGUGACUGGCCCCGGGCUGAGGCCAAAGCCUACCUCUGUGAGAGAUGGGUUUUGUUGAGCACAUCCUCCAUGUGGACGAGGUAUCAGGAAUGUUCUCAAAGCACUUUAACAUUCUGUCACACAGUAUUCAUCAUGUGGUAUGCAUAGGGCAAGGUUUUUGACCCACGUGUGCAGAUGCUUCAAUGUCUUAAUCAUAGAUCAGUUUUCUCUUUGUUCCACCUGGGUAACCAGCUCUCCUUACUGUGUGGACUUGAAACAAAUAAAAUGCAUUUCUUCGGAUUGUCUAGUACAGACUUUUCCUU